CGGGUUUUUGUUUUGCGCUCUGGAGUAGCGUAGCGUGAUGAGGUCAGUUCCUGCGCCAGGUUGAGUGGAGAGCAGCUGCAGUAACUAUGGCAGACGAGAAACCCAAGGAAGGCGUGAAGACUGAAAAUAAUGAACACAUUAACCUGAAAGUGGCCGGACAGGACGGCUCUGUGGUCCAGUUCAAAAUCAAGAGGCACACCCCACUCAGCAAACUGAUGAAGGCAUAUUGCGAACGACAGGGGCUUACAAUGAGGCAGAUCCGCUUCCGGUUUGAUGGACAGCCUAUCAAUGAGACAGACACACCUGCUCAGUUGGAAAUGGAAGAUGAAGACACAAUUGACGUAUUUCAGCAGCAGACGGGCGGUGCGAUGUAAAGCAGCAGCUACCUCCUUCUUCCCCUUGCUCCCACUCUCUUCCUGUCCCUCCAUCCCUCCACUUCCUGCGCGCCUGUAUGUUCUUGCAAGCUAACCUUCAUGCCAAAACAACACAGACUGAAAAGCCAAGUCUCAGAUACAAAUGGACAGUGUUUUAUCCUCACCUCUUUUAUCUUGCGCUCUCUCGCUUUCUCUUUUCAGUCUUAUUAUUAUAUGAAGAGUUAAGUCAUCAUACAUUUCAGAGCUUUGUGGACCUGCGACCAAGAAUAACGCCGUUGAUCAGGGUGUUCUGUAUUGUUAUUUUUGUUUUUCAGGUAGUACAAAAGAAUGGUCAAGGUUAAAUCACCUUUCUUUUGUUUUAUUCAAAAUGGUUGGCUUUUGUAUAUCUUUUAUAUAUGUUGUAGUUCUCUUUUGUACCCAGUCAGUUUUAUUCAGUCACAUUUAUGAUGUGUUGAAGUAGUUUUGUGUUAGAAUAAAACAAUUGUAUAAAAUGA